AAAGCCCUUCAGGCUUAAACCCUAGAUUCGCACAUAUCCAUGUUCCUCUCCCGCCAAAAACGACGCUCCUUUUCCUUCUGCCACUGCCUUCUCACGCGCCAGCUCUCCUCCACCAACACUGCUUCCUCCUCAAGGCUUCACGAUGUCUACUCCUUCGUAGCCCCGCCCAGUCUCUCGCCAGAAUCCUCCCAAAACCCUCAAAAUCCCAAUGCCAAUACCAAGAAAAAGAAGAAGCCUCAGUACCGCCCGCCGUCGUCGCUUGAUCUUACAACCAUAAAGCCGAAACGCACUGAUCUGCCGUUCGAUUUCCGGUUCAGCUACACCGAGAGCAGCCCAAAUGUGAGACCCAUUGGGCUCAGGGAGCCAAAGUACUCACCUUUUGGACCGGGGAGGUUGGACCGUACAUGGACGGGAGUGAGCGCCCCUGUCGUGAAUCCCAAGGUGACUUCGGUAGAAGGGGCAGAGGAUCCCAAAUUGGAGGAGAAGAGAAAAAAGAUGAUUGAGAGAAUACAAGGGGAGCCUCUCACUGGGGCUGAGAGGAAGAUUCUGGUUGAUAAGUGUCAAAGAAAUAGAAGCAAGAGACAAAUCAAUUUGGGGAGAGAUGGCUUAACCCACAACAUGCUUAAUGAUAUUCAUAAUCAUUGGAAACAUGCUGAAGCAGUCAGGAUUAAGUGUCUAGGCGUCCCCACUGUUGACAUGAAAAAUGUGUGUGCGCAGCUUGAGGAUAAAACAUUUGGAAAGAUCAUUAGUAGGCAUGGCGGUACACUUGUAUUGUAUAGAGGCAGGAACUAUCAUCCUAAGAAGAGGCCUGUGAUUCCAUUAAUGUUAUGGAAACCUCAUGAACCUGUUUAUCCUAGGCUGAUAAAAACGACUAUUGAUGGCCUAAGCAUUGAGGAAACAAAAGAAAUGAGAAAGAAAGGACUAUCUGUUCCUCCUUUAACAAAACUAGCUAAAAAUGGCUACUAUGGUAGUCUCAUACCCAUGGUUAGAGAUGGCUUUCUCACAAAUGAGCUGAUUCGAAUUGAUUGCCAAGGCCUUGAGAGGAGUGAUUACAAGAAAAUUGGCUGCAAACUCCGGGACUUGGUUCCUUGUAUCCUGGUGACAUUUGACAAGGAGCAGAUUGUGGUAUGGAGGGGAAAGGAUUAUAAGCCCAAAGAGGAUGGUUUCUUUCUUGAUCGAGAGUUUUUUGAUAGUCCAGAUAGUGAUACAAUUUGUGAUGGGGGCAAACAUAGCUCAGAUGAGAGUUGUAGCCAAGAGGGUUUUUACUCCGGCGAUGACGAUGAUUAGUUCCCUUCUCCCAGCAGAUUACAAGCAUUAACGGGCUCCUUUUCAACGUGCCCGUAGGGAUCUUAUACAGACUCGUUGCUUGGGCCGCUCCGCUCUCCAAUACACCAAUUUAUUGGCCACAUUAACAAGGGCGUUUAAUGUCUUUCAGAAUCUCGGAUACGUCUUGGUAUGCUGCAAAAGUUGGUUGAUUUGAACACUUGUCUGGUUUGGGAACUACGGUGGUGAAAUCACUCCAGGAGUUUGAGCAUACUAAGUAUAUUUGGUAUAGCUUGUGUGAAUAAGAUGGAAUGAACCAAAGCUAUAUAUAUUGUAUCUAUUGUUUGGUUUUAAUAGUCCCAUAUUUUUCAGGAUGGUAGAUCAAUUUACUGAAUCUUGUUAGUGACAUGAUACUAGCUGUUCUUGAAUUUACAUCAGUUAAAAGAAAGUUCCAAUAUAUUGUACCAGUAUGCUUCA